UUUCAGGUCACUUGAUGCAAAAAUAAGCUUUUUGACAUCUUGAGGUGUGAAAUUUACAAGAGAACAAUGAUCACUGUACAUAUUUUUGAAUACAGAAUUAAGGAGGAUAAUCUUUUUUUUGUAUUAUUUUAUUUUAUAGAACAUUAUAAACACCACUGGUUCCCAGAAAAGCCAUGCAAGGGAUCAGGUUACCGAUGUAUCCGGAUCAACCAUAAAAUGGAUCCUCUCAUUGGACAGGCAGCACAGCGGAUUGGAUUGAGCAGUCAGGAACUGUUCCAGCUUCUUCCAAGCGAACUCACUCUAUGGGUUGACCCGUAUGAAGUGUCCUAUCGUAUUGGAGAGGAUGGCUCCAUCUGUGUGCUGUAUGAAGCUGCACCAGCAGGAGGUAGCCAAAAUAACACCAACAUGCAAAUGGUAGACAGCAGAAUAAGCUGUAAGGAGGAACUUCUCUUGGGCAGAACUAGCCCUUCCAAAAGCUACAAUAUGAUGACUGUAUCAGGUUAAGAUAUAGUCUGUGGAUGGAUCACCUUUAAAAUGGAUGGAUAAAUUUGGUUUUUACUUUGGGUGGGCACCUCUGGGGAUGGAUUAUGGAAUUUAAACCAUGUCACAGCUGUGAAGAUCUGGCACACGUUAGAGUGGUAUACUUUAAAGUGACAGUGCCAUAGUUUGGACAGUACCUUUCAGUGAUUUAAUAGCCUGUGAGUCAAAAUGAUUGCAACUUGCUAGGGAGUGAAGAAGAUCUAGGAAGAGUCAGUUUCUCCAAGACAUCUUACUUAAUUUCUACACCAAUUUUCAACUCCAAUCUGUAUUUAUAAAGUGAUUCUCUGCAGUAGGUCUUGCAGAGUAAAUUUGCACUAUUACAUUUAUUAAUUGUUAGCAUUUUUGGCAGCUCAAUAACAAGACUUAUGAACACCGUAGUACUGGAAAUUUUAUUUUUCAGACUUUUACCUAGCACUUAAAGUAUUUAUAAAUGUACAUAAGAAACUAGUAAGUAUGACCUGGGGAAAUGGUCAGAUCUUUACAUUGGCCUCAAAAGUAGCAAGUGAUCAGAAUCUGCCAUGGCAACAGGCUUUAAAAAGACCAUAUAAAGACACUGUCUGAACUGUGGUGUUAGCACCAGCCAGCUAUCUGUACAUUUGCUAGCUUGUAGUUUUCUAAGACUGAGUAAACUUCUUAUUUUUAGAAAGUGGAGGUCUGGUUUGUAAUUUCCUUGUUCUUAAUUGGGUAAAAGUCUUUUCCACAAACCACCAUCUAUUUUGUGAACUUUGUUAGUCAUCUUUUAUUUGGUAAAUUAUGAACUGGUGUAAAUUUGUACAGUUCAUGUAUAUUGAUUGUGGCAAAGUUGUACAGAUUUCUAUAUUUUGGAUGAGAAAUUUUUCUUCUCUCUAUAAUAAAUUGUUUCCUAUCUUGGCAUUUUAA